ACCACUAGCCCAGAGAGACAGCGACAAACGAACAGGCCCAAACUAAAUAGGAAAACGAAAAAGAAAUGAGAAAUAAUUGUUGAAGCAAUUGAAAAACAAUCGAAUCGCAGCCCGAAUUCAAAAACUCAACACAACGGCGAAACUAUUUAACCUGGCCGCUAAUGGUAAAGUUGUGGUCAACGCCGUUUUUGGAAGAUGUGCGCAGCGUUCGCAUUUGCAGCGAUUCACUGCUGGUCGAUAUAAGCAUAAGCUAAGCGCACGGACAACAAUUAUAACAACAACAGCAACAACAACAAUAGCACGCAUAUGCAGUGAGACCAGAAUCGCAAUCAUAACCAGGAUCAGGAUCAGCAAUAACGAAAACAACAAGAACACAAACCGCAGGCAAUGGCUGCAUCAGCAUCUGCAUCUGCGUCCGCGUCCCAAGAUGCACUGCAAGCCUUCUAUGUGAACUUCAGUGAGAUAACGCUUGGCGAGAAAGUCGGACAUGGCUCGUAUGGUGUGGUGUGCAAGGCCAACUGGCGCAAUCAGCUGGUCGCAGUCAAGGAGUUCUUCGCCAGCGCCGAGCAGAAGGACAUUGAAAAGGAGGUCAAGCAAUUGUCGCGUGUCAAGCAUCCCAAUAUCAUUGCUUUGCACGGCAUCUCAUCGUAUCAGCAGGCCACAUAUCUUAUUAUGGAGUAUGCCGAAGGCGGUUCCUUGCACAAUUUCCUACAUGGAAAAGUAAAGCCCGUAUAUAGCUUGGCCCAUGCCAUGAGUUGGGCACGCCAAUGUGCAGAGGGUGUUGCCUACCUGCAUGGAAUGACUCCAAAGCCGCUAAUACAUCGUGAUCUAAAGCCACUCAAUUUGCUCUUGACCAACAAGGGACGCAACCUGAAGAUUUGCGAUUUUGGCACUGUGGCCGACAAGUCCACAAUGAUGACAAAUAAUCGCGGCAGCGCUGCUUGGAUGGCGCCUGAGGUGUUUGAAGGAUCCAAAUACACAGAGAAAUGCGACAUAUUCAGUUGGGCGAUUGUACUGUGGGAAGUUCUGUCGCGAAAGCAGCCCUUUAAGGACAUUGACAAUGCAUACACAAUACAGUGGAAGAUCUACAAAGGUGAGCGACCUCCGCUGCUGGACAAUUGCCCCAAGCACAUUGAGCAACUGAUGACAGCGUGUUGGAAAACAGCGCCCGAGGAUCGGCCCUCAAUGCAAUAUAUUGUGGGCGUGAUGAACGAGAUUAUUAAAGACUAUGUGGGUGCCGAUAAGGCGCUCGAAUAUGCGUUUGUUAACCAACAGAUUGUGACCAAAGAGAGCGACGGAACAGUGGGCGCUCAAUAUGAUAGCUUUAGUCAUAGUUCCAGUGACAUGAGUCUAGCAUCCACACAGUUGACGCCAACAAAUGUGCGAGGCACUGCGACUGAGAUGGGCUCGGAGACGACGGGCUCAAUACACAACGAAAAUACCUCAUCAUCAUCAUCUGAAAGAACGCCCACAAAUUCGGGGCAAUUGGACAAUAAUGGCCUGUUUCACAUCAGCAGCAGUAAUCGCUGGGAUGCCAUACCCGAGGAGGAUAGCUGCGAAAGUCAAAACGAUAGCUUUAAUUUGACAUCAUCGGCCGAGGCAUCCAAGCGUCUGGAGACCAUUCGCAAUGGCAUGAUUCAAAUGGCCCGCAGGCCAAUGGAACAGCUUACCCUGGAUGUUGAAGCGAACGGUUUCGAUCUGAGUCGCAGCGAGAGCAGCAGCAGUAGUUUUCAUGCUAAAAGCGAUGGUCGCGAGCGAUUGACAGUGACGGACACUAAGCCGAUGAUAAUGGCCAUCAACACCGCCAACACCACGACAGACCUCACAAAUAACAACAACAACAACAACAACAAUGUUAACCACAUCACACAGAACAACAGCAGCAAUAACAACCCAGAUAAUAACAUAACAACAAACGGACUGCAAAACAAUCAACACGCCAACGAUAAAAACGAUUGUGUCGAUGCCGAGGUAGAUGUGGAUCUCGUUGAUGUUGAUCCCGAUGUCGAUUCAGGUUGUGGCUAUACGGAGCAAUCGUUGGCGGAGAUUUUGGAUCUCGAAUUGCAGCCAGAGCCGCCCAUACCGAACAAUGCCGAAUCGCAAGCGAUUUAUCGCGAUCAUCGCCAUAUGGCCAAGGAGUAUCUCAGUUUGGACACGAACCUCUACUAUGCACAGGACUUUAAGGAGAAGCUCAUACUGCAAAUGGAUCAAAUCGAGCGCGAGCAGAAGAAGGAAUUGUUGCGCAAAAUCAAAGACAAGGAGGACCUCCAGAGUCUGUACAAUAAUCUGCAGCAGCAAUGGGAGAAGCUGCCGGCGGCGCAACAAGCACGUCUCCAGCCACCGGUGAUGAACAACAUCGUCAGCAGCAGCGGCAACAGUUACGGCAGCAGCCAAGAGAUGUCCGGCGGCGGCAUUGUUGGAGGAGGCGAGACGGUUGAGAACGAUGGCUGGGUGGUUAUAGCACCGCAUCAUCAAACGUAGCCCGCCUCCUAAUUUGGAUUGUGGAAUCCGAAGAAAGAUUGGCUCUGAAUUUUCGUAACCAAUAGCUGUGUACUUCCAUCUAUUAUGUAUUUUUUUUUUUUUGUGUAAUUCUUUGUUUAAUUUGUAACGAUUAUGUUGUAAUUGUAUCUAUUUAAGUUGAGUUUUAUUUAGAGAUAUAUAUUUGCAUAAUACGUAUACGUACAUAAAUACCAUUUAGAUCGCGAAUUGUCGCGAGCGAACUUGUUGUGUUAGCCAGCCGUCUAGUUUUUAGCCAUGUUGCUUGUUUCUUGUGUACCUUGUAAGCAUUCUGACUCUUGACACUUAAGAUUAAAUUAUUUACUUAUACUCUAUGCAUACUUAAAUUUUAGUUCGACUACUGUGUGUCAUUACUAUACAUAUACUAUGUUAUACAUACAUACAUACAUAUAUAUAUACAAUACAUGUGCACAUGUGUAUAUCAUCUGUGUGACAAAAAGACGAUUACCAAAGUGACAAAAAUAUAUAUAAAAACGUA